AUGUACCUCAUUCUGUUUAUAACUGUCUGUCUGUUUAUCUAUCUCAUUCUGUUCAUAUCUAUACAUCCAUCUAUCUAUCUCAUUAUGUCAAUUAUCUAUCUCUAUAUCUAUCCAUCUAUCUAUCAGGUUAGCAAGGCCAUCGAGAAGUAUAUAUAUCUAUCUUUGAACGAGGCGCUCCCUGUCAUUUUUCGUUGUUUUUGUCAUAAUACCUCUUAUCUAUUGAGAGCUGUCUUUCUUUGUUUCUUAUUCUAUUUGUUUACAAUGUCUCUUCAUCUUUUCUUUCUUCUAAUUGUUCUUGUUUUUUUUUCUCUUUCUUCUUAUUCUAUCUGUGAGUUGUUUAUUUUCCUCUCUUUCCCCUUUCACCUACUCUUUCCUCCACUCUCUCUCUCUCUCUCUCUCUCUCUCUCUCUCUCUCUCUCUCUCUCUCUCUCUCUUUUCUUUCUUUCUUCUUCAUUGGCUCUUGAUGGUGGUCUGAUUAUCUCUCUUCACUCUUCCUCUCUACUCCCUCCUAUUCCCAUUCAUUUCCCCCAUCUGUCAUCCUCUUUUCUUUCCGUCUUUUUUCUCCUCAUCACUUCUAUAUUAUUUGGCUCUCUUUUUUGCUCUUUUUUUUUUCUGUCAUUCGUUAAAGUAUCUCCUUUCAUUGUUUUUCUUCGCUUGUUUACUGCUCGAACCAAGCCGUUGAUUUCGAUACCAAGCAAACCUCAUAAAAAUAUACGUCCAUCACUCGUCUUCUCCAAAUUAUUUGUUUUUAAAUUCUAUUCUAUUUCAUUCAAAAUCUAUCUAUCUAUCUAUCUAUCUAUCUAUCUAUCUAUCUAUCUAUCUCAGCCACUUCUUGUUUUUAAAUUCUAUUUCAUUCAAAAUCUAUCUAUCUAUCUAUCUAUCUAUCUAUCUAUCUAUCUAUCUCACUUCUUGUUUUUAAAUUCUAUUUCAUUCAAAAAAUCUAUCUAUCUAUCUAUCUAUCUAUCUAUCUAUCUAUCUAUCUAUCUCAGCCACUUCUUGUUUUUAAAUUCUAUUUCAUUCAAAAUCUAUCUAUCUAUCUAUCUAUCUAUCUAUCUAUCUAUCUCAGCCACUUCUUCCACUUCUUGUUUUUUUUUCUAUUUCAUUUCAUUCAAAUCUAUCUAUCUAUCUAUCUAUCUCUCUCUUGUUUUUAAAUUCUAUUUCUAUCUAUCUAUCUAUCUAUCUAUCUAUCUAUCUAUCUAUCUAUCUAUCUAUUUCAGACACUUCAUAGCUAUCUAUUUCUUUAUCUAUCUAAUUAAAUCUACUCAUUAUAUAUCUAUCUGA